CAUCCGGCCCGUGGCCAACGUGUCCGACCCAGUCAUCAUCCACUUUGAGGUGUCCAUGUCUCAGCUGGUGAAGGUGGAUGAAGUGAACCAGAUCAUGGAGACCAACCUGUGGCUCAAACAAAUCUGGAACGACUACAAGCUGAAGUGGAACCCCUCUGACUACGACGGGGCGGAGUUCAUGCGUGUCCCUGCACAGAAGAUCUGGAAGCCAGACAUCGUGCUGUAUAACAAUGCCGUUGGGGACUUCCAGGUGGACGACAAGACCAAAGCCUUACUCAAGUACACAGGGGAAGUGACGUGGAUCCCUCCAGCCAUCUUUAAGAGCUCGUGCAAAAUCGAUGUGACCUACUUCCCAUUCGAUUACCAAAACUGCACCAUGAAGUUCGGUUCCUGGUCCUACGACAAGGCAAAAAUCGACCUGGUCCUGAUCGGCUCCUCCAUGAACCUCAAGGACUACUGGGAGAGCGGCGAGUGGGCCAUCAUCAAAGCCCCAGGCUACAAACACGACAUCAAGUACAACUGCUGCGAGGAGAUCUACCCCGACAUCACGUACUCACUGUACAUCCGGCGCCUGCCCUUGUUCUACACCAUCAACCUUAUCAUCCCCUGCCUGCUCAUCUCCUUCCUCACCGUGCUCGUGUUCUACCUGCCCUCCGACUGCGGCGAGAAGGUGACCCUCUGCAUCUCCGUGCUCCUCUCCUUGACCGUGUUUCUCCUGGUGAUCACCGAGACCAUCCCCUCCACCUCGCUGGUCAUCCCCCUGAUCGGAGAGUACCUCCUGUUCACCAUGAUUUUCGUCACCCUGUCCAUCGUCAUCACGGUCUUUGUGCUCAACGUGCACUACAGAACCCCGACCACGCACACGAUGCCCGCGUGGGUGAAGACCAUAUUCCUGAACUUGCUCCCCAGGGUCAUGUUCAUGACCAGGCCGGCAAGCAGCGAGGGACACACUCCGAAGCCAAGGCCCCUCUACGGUGCCGAGCUCUCGAAUCUGAAUUGCUUCAGCCGCGCAGAGCCCAAAGGCUGCAAGGAAGGCUACCCCUGCCAGGAUGGGAUAUGUGGCUACUGCCACCACCGCAGGAUAAAAAUCUCGAAUUUCAGCGCCAACCUCACGAGAAGCUCCAGUUCUGAAUCUGUCGAUGCUGUGCUGUCCCUCUCUGCUUUAUCACCAGAAAUCAAAGAAGCCAUCCAAAGUGUCAAGUACAUUGCUGAAAAUAUGAAAGCGCAGAAUGAAGCCAAAGAGAUUCAAGAUGAUUGGAAGUAUGUUGCCAUGGUGAUUGAUCGUAUUUUCCUGUGGGUUUUCAUCCUGGCGUGCAUUUUAGGGACAGCAGGAUUGUUUCUGCAGCCCCUGAUGGCCAGGGAAGAUGCGUAGAUACAGAAUCUUGCUAUAUUACCCAGCUGGUCUUGAACUCCUGGCCUCAAGUGAUCCUCCUGCUGCAGCCUCCCAAAGAAC